AAACACAGAAUGGACUUCUGGAAUCUGGCAAUCAGAAUCAUUUUUUUAUCACAAAUUACCAUUGGAAUUAUGGGAAAUUUCUCUCUUAUGUUCUACUAUCUUGUCCUUUACUACAGAGAAUGCACAUUAAAGCCCAUAGAUUUGAUCCUCAUGAAUCUAAUGGCAGCCAAUGCCUUGAUCAUUCUCUGUGUGGGAGCGCCCCAAACAAUGGCACUUUGGGGAUUGAAGCAGUUCUUGAAUGAUUUUGGAUGCAAGAUUCUAUUGUAUAUUCAAGGAUUUAGUCGAAGUGUGUCCAUUUGGACAACUUGCUUAUUGAGUGUCUUCCAGGCAAUGACCAUCAGUCCCAGGAAAUCAUAUUGGAAGGAUUGUAACAUUAAAAUUGCAAGGCAUAUUGGCUGCUACAUUGCCUUCCUCUGGGUCUUGAAUAUGUUGAUAAAUUUCAUUUUCUUUAGGUAUCCAUUUAUCAAAAUGAAUAGCAAAAACAUGACAAGAAAACGAGAAUUUGGAUUCUGCUCUAUUGUAGGACAUGAUGAAAUCAGUGACUCACUCUAUGCAACAUUGGCAAUGUGCCCUGAAUUCUUCUUAUCUCUGCUCAUUGCCUGUUCCAGUGCCUCCAUGAUUGUCAUUCUGUACAGACACAAGCAGAGGGUUCAGCACAUCUGUAGUUUUCAUGGUUCCAGGAGGAACAUGGUUGAGUCCAGGGCUACCCAGAAUAUCCUUGUCUUGGUUUCUACCUUUCUGGCUUUUUAUACUCUCUCCACCAUCUUGCGAUCCUGUAUUGCUCUUUUGUAUAAUCACAAUUUAUGGCUGGUGAACAUCUCUCACCUCACUUCUCUGUCUUUUCCCUCUUUCGCACCCUUUGUUCUUAAAAGUCAUUACUCCAUUGUGUCCAAGUUCAGUUUGGCCUGGCUAAGAAAAAAAAUUGUAUCCUAA